ACACACGGAGAGCGAGCAAACCAGUCAAUCAGAGUCUAUCCACUAACUUAGCCACAUUGUCUCGCUCUGCAAUCACACCAUCAGAGCAGCAGUGGGACGCACCAUAGAACAGAAACCUUGACUUGAUCGCCUGAAGUCUUGUGAAGCCCAUUCUUUCAUUCAUUCCCCCCUCGACUUGUCGAAGGCAGCAACAAGGUUUUCUAACUCGAUAUCGUUUUUUAGCCAGGCAAACCAAGCCAUGGCCGUCCCGUCGCAGCGCAUGCUGCGCGUCGUCUGCAUCCUCCUCCUCGUCACCCUCCCCUGCCUCGUCGAAGCCAAGCGGAAAAAGAAAAAGGACGCGGUAGUCUUCCCCUCCGUCCGCCUCUACAAAUCCACCGUCAAAGUCAACUACGCGGGAACAGCCAAGCUCUCCGCGACUGCCGCGCAAAGCGCGGGAGUCCAAGGCCGCCAGGUGCUCGAAACUCCCAGGGCUCAGCUCGGCGGGCGCCGGCUGUUGGAGGACGACGGCAUCGUGCUCGAUACCGCGACGACCGACCCUGCCUCCACUGGUACCGAGCCUGUUGAGGACGAUGGGCAACCAGACCUGGACUUCGAUCCUCGGCCUCUGCUCCCGCCGACGGAGCUGACCGGCGCCACUUCGGAGAUCGCCGCGGCGAAGAAGAAGAAGCCCAAGACAUUCAUCUCGCUCACCGUCGCAGGGUCGUUCUCCCCGUCCGUCCUCAAGAACGGCGUCAGCGCUGCGCAGACCGCCACCGCCGGCACCGGCGCGUACGCCGGCACGCACGGCGACUCGAGCGUGCCCGAUCCGUCCGUGUGCGCGGGGAGCAACUACGUCGUGCAAAUAGUCAACUGGGCCAUCCUUGUGUUCGACGGCAAGGGCCAGGCGUUGACAUCCCCCGUGUCGCUGAACGAGUUCCUGGGCGUGAACCCGUACAAGGGCAGCGGCACCGUCGGCGAUCUCGUCACCAAGGCGUCGUGCGUCUACGACAUCUCGACCAAGCGCUUCUUCCUCUCUGCGGCGUGGCUGGCCGGCAACUCCAACGCGUACGACAAGUUCGGGCAGACGCGCAAGGACAACAAGGGCGUGACUCGCGGCUCCGGGCUCGUGAUCGCUGUCUCCUCCGCCGACAAGCCCCUGGACGCGUGGAGCGUGUACUUCAUCGGCACCACCAACGACGGAAUCAACGGCCCGGAUGAUCACCUCGCGCCGCUGGCGUACUCCGGCGAGCUGUUCUACAACACGUACCCGAGACUGGGCGUGGAUGGGAGCGGGGUGUACAUCACGACGCAGCAGGCGACUUACUCGAUGGUGAACGACGUGUGGCAGGGCAGCAACAUCUUUGCCAUCAGCAAGAACGCCCUCUUGAAGCAGGCCGACAUCACUGCCAUCCGUUUCGCCCUUCCCCGCAUGUCGCGCACCGACGCCACCGUGCUCCAAUACUGGACCAUCGAGCCAGCCGCCGCGCCCGCCGACGGCAAAUACGACAUCACAAACAAGGGCACCAUGUGGUUUGCGGCCUACGACGUGAGCUGGGCCAUGAUGGGCCACUCGGCAAUCUUCGCCUUUGCUAUCGUCAACACUGUUUCGAUUGACACCAAGGUCCCCAGCCUCAACCUCCUCACUGCGAUUAACAACUGCUCCUUCUACUACGACUGGUCGAGCUCGCAGCAGAAGCCCGGGAUUGCGCCACUGGCCGAGUCUUACAGCAAGGAUACGCCUCUCCUCGUGCCGCCCAGGAGCACGUCGGUGGCGUAUGCGGCGGGCCACCUGUGGGUGGUGUUCCCGUCGGGGUCAACCGUGUCGCCACAGUCUGAGAUCGGAUUUAUGCUGGCGAAGGUCAAGCCGACGAUUUCCAAGGGGGCGGCGCCUGCGCUGUCGGUUGCAGUUGCAAGCGCGAUGAUCUACAACGUGCCGAUGUCGAAUCUCCUUGCGCCUAGCAUUGUCUUUAACAAGCAGAACAAGGGCAUCAUCCUGGCAACCCUGGUGGGCCCCAACAACUACCCCACCGUGGGCUUUGUGCGCGUGACCACCAAAGGCAUUGCUGCCAAGGCUACUUUCAACACCGUUGUGCAGAGCUCCGUGCCCCUAGACACCGACAACCCAACCUACGCGGUCAAGAAUGCAGCUCAGACGGACACGCCGGCUUUCUGCCGCUAUGGGACGACCCAGGCGCUGGCAGUGGACGCCACGGGGACCAUCUGGGCUUCGGGGCAAUACGCCUCAGAGGACCGCACCACACUCAACAAUUGGGCUACUAGCCUGUUCUCAGUCACUGCUUGAAAGGCUUUUUGGUCUCAACUCAAGUGACUUAUGACAAAAGAAGACCACCUCUACUGCUGUGGUGUGUAUUGAAAGGUCUGGCGAAGCAGGGUCGGGUAAGGAGACAGCCCGGAUGCUGGCUUUAAUGUCAGCUUUUGUGAAAUUAUGUAUGGUGGGGUGUGGGUUGGAUGGGUGAGAUUCUUUCUGUUGUGUUGUGAACGGGGGGCAUCAUGCAGCCGGGUGCAGCCGGCUCAUUUGCACUGUAACAUGCACUGGGCCAUAAACUCUUGUAAUUUUUAUAAUAGUGCCCUACUGAGGUCUGAAAGCGUGACCAUGAAAUGAUUGAUGUAUCCUCACCUUGGCUGCCCCUUUUAUACGAACUGAAUGGGUAUCAACAGA